AUGGCGCUAGGCCUGGGACAGCAGCUUGGCACUGCCACCACAUCUUCCAGAAAUGAUCCUCCUGAAUUAGAUCUAGGUGAUGGUACCACCCUGCUAGACUCCGCCCUGGAGAUCUUUGGGGCUCCGAUCGCAGGCCCAGCUGGCCGCUUGUGGGCGCAGCUACGGCAGUUUUGGGCCGACCACUUUACCCGGCGCUUCUCGCCGCGGCGGCCACCACUACGCCACAUGUCCUCCAUGUCCACCUUCUACCAGCUGGACCACCGCGUUCGCCAGGCCGAGCUGGGCCUCUGCUACGGCGCGCCACGCACGCGCCUUAGUGAUGAGGCUUUCGUGUUCCGCGGCGGCCGCUGGGCAGCCGAGGGUUCAACCGGGAGGUCGCGGCCGCCGCUGCCCUCCCCGCCAAUCUCGGGCUUGAAGGCGCACGUGCAGCAAGUCAAGAGCCAGGUGCUGUUGGAAGAGAACAACUACCUGAAGCUGCAGCAGGAACUUCUUAUGGAUAUGCUGACUGAAACCACAGCGCGCUUGCACGUACUAGAGAAGAAGCUGGACGCUGGGGGUAGCGGGUCUGUCGGGCCGCGCGCCUGGAAGAAAAAGCUGCACAAGCCCAGGGCGUCGGCCGCGAGCUCAUGA